ACAAUAAUAAUAAUAGUGUUGCAUUCUAAUACACAAAUAAAGAAACAAAUAAAAAUUAGCCUAGUUAAAACUCCCAUCAUGCAAUGUUCCAUACUAUGGCUGCCGAUAACUUAAUCGUCUGCUUUGUUGCAAUUUUUUUCACUAACAAAUUAUAAUUUCUGAAGUAGAAAAUAUCCAAAGAGAAUAUAAAAGUUUAUAUGGAGAAAAGGAAGUCCCUUUUUUACUAGAAAUAUUUUUGGAUUACGUUAAAUCAGAUAAUCCAUUAUGGAUAAAAAGCCAGCUUUCUUGAAAGGACAUGGUCGAGGGAGAGGGCGAGCUUCAAGUAAUCCACCUGCAAAUAUACAAGAAAAUGGAGGGAGCCGAGGCAAAAGAUUUAACCAAAUCAAUGAAUCUAGCAAACCUGAAGUAAAUGCUGCCUGUUCACCUAACAUUCCUCCUAAUCCAUGGCAUAAAAAGCCUCCUGUUACUGAAAAAAAUGGAUUAGAAAACAGUGCUGAAGAACGCUUUCAAAAAGCUAGUUCACAAAUGCAAGAAUCAAUUCAAAGACAUUUACAGUCAGCUCCUGAGCAUUUUGAGGAAAGUGAUUCGUCUGAAGAUGAUUUGGCUGAUAAUGUGUUAGACACUGUUUUUAAAGGAUAUUCUGGAACAUAUGGUUCUGGUGAAGUAAAUAAAGUUACUAAAGCACAAGAAGACUUACUUCAUUCAUUUCGAUCCAACACCUCAGCAUGUCUUGUUUGUAUUGAAUCUAUUAAGAAGACAGAUGCUAUUUGGUGCUGUCAAGGAUGUUACUGCAUAUUUCACAUUCAGUGUAUCCAAAAGUGGGUACGUGAAGGUGUUCAUCAACAAAACUUAAAACAAGAAAAUGUUGAAGAAAUGGAUAUUCCUUGGUAUUG